ACGCCCUUAAACCCUCCCCUAGCUUUCUGCACGUCUCCUCCAAAACCCUAACCCUUUUCCUCUUCGCCGAAACUCUUCUCUUGCUUUCCACAUCAUCCGUUCAUGAUUCUCAACGGCUCCGAGAUCAUGAAUCACGAAGCACCUCUAUCCCAUGAAGCAAACAGCGAUAUAAUCAUGGAAAAACGAACCAAAAAGCCCAGCAAGUUACGCUCGCCGCCGACCGUAGCCAGCGAUGGAUCGAGCGUCGAGUUGGCUAAACGGGCUCGCGGUCGCCCGCUGGGCUCGAAGAACAGACCCAAACCGGCGGUCUUAGUAACCGCGUCGGCGGAUCCAUCUCCGGCGAUGCAUCCUUACGUCCUUGAAAUCCCCGGCGGCCUCGACAUCGUAUCCUGCCUCGCGCGAUUCUCGAAGCAGAGAAAACUCGGGAUCUGCGUUCUCGCUGCGAACGGCGCCGUGGCCAAUGUGACGUUACGGCAGUCCGCGCCACCAGAUGCGGCGGCGAGUGCGGCGGCGGUCGUGUUCCACGGGCGAUUUGAGGUCCUAUCGAUUUCGGCGACGUUCCUGCCGCCGGCGAUGGCUGUGGAGCUGCCGUCGGCGGCUAACAGGUCGAUUUCGUUUGCCGGGCCACAGGGGCAGAUUGUUGGGGGAAUGGUAUUGGGGCCGCUUAUGGCAGCGGGCGCGGUGGUGGUGGUGGUGGCGGCGUUUGCGGAACUCAAGUUUCAUAAGCUGCCGGUGGAGGAUGAGGUUUCGGAUUCUGUUGGGGCUUUUAGUGGUGAAGAAAACUGCGAGAAGCAGUCUGAUGGAAAGGAGCAGCAGCUUUGCUUUCAUCAACUGCAUUGCCGUCAAUACAAUUCGGCGGCGGCGGCGGCGGAGUUGGGUGCAACGGCUAUCUAUGGCUCGAAUAUCUCGUCGGAGAACAUAUUUGACGGCGGCUCAUGGCUUCCGCCUCCGCCGUCGUACUGA